GUCGAUGUCUGAAGGUGACGAGGAGUUGCAGCCGUGGCUGCAGAAUGUACUUCUGGAGCACCGUAAAAACCUGGAAAUGCACUUGAUCCAGCUGCACGAAGGGCAGCGCUACAUCGUGGAGUUGAUGAAGUCGGACUACGGGACGCAUGAAGCGAUCACGGUGCAGCCGGUGACCAUGUCGGUGCGCAAGGGCGUCUCCUUCGAGGAUGAGGCGCCUCUGGACAUCGACGUGCUGCUGAAGCAUGACAGGAUCGCCAAAGACGAAGAAAAGGUGGAGCCUGUGGAGCCUGAGCCUGUGGAGCCUGUGGAAAGCGUUCACCACGAGGAGACCCAGCUGGAGAUCGUUUCGGAAGACGACCUUCCACCGCCCCGGGCCAGUCCACGUGCCUUUCCGAAGCCGAAAGCUGCACGGAGAAGUUCUUCCACGUUGAAGGACACGGAUUUCGCCCUGCGGGAUGUGUGGGCCAAGCAUCUCAGGUACAAGAGCGAACGCUCUCAGGUGAUGGCGCAGCCGUCGACCACCCAUGAGACCUUCAGUGGAGGCGUCAGCAUGAGGUUGCCCAUGUCUGAAUCUACUGACCGCUUGCCAGCUGUUGGUGGGCGCUGCUCCAUGAUUGCCUAUCCAGCACAAAAAAGUCGGGUCUGUUGGGACCUCUUCGGAGGGCUCCUGAUCCUGUACGACCUCUUUGUGAUUCCUUUGAAGGUGCCCUGCCGCCGAGAGUGA